CUCAAAUUGGCUCAUCCUAAUUGCUCCGACUACGAGCCGAGCUGCAAGGCACAUCCGACUUUAUGUGUUUAGUUCUCCGUCUAGAUUGUUAACUAUAAUAUUACAGGUUACGCCGUCACUCUUGCUGCGAGACUUCCUGCGCCCCUCUCUUUUGCCUCCAUGUCAAUGGUUACAGUUGACAACCGCAGGCCAGGAUAUAUCGCAGUUUAGCCCCGUUAGUCCCUUCACUUAAUCCAAGAUACCUCUGCUGCAAAGCAAGAGGUAAAUUCGGGAACACGACCAUGAAAACACCAGCAACUUUGUCCGAUCUCCCUCUUGAUAUCAUUCACCAAGUCCUUGACUACUUGUCCCCCAAUAGCAUUCUGUCUCUCAUCCGCGCCGUCCCCCUAACAGUUGCCGCUAUUUCCUCCACACACUCCCAUGCUGUGGGCGAGAGUGGGGAGACACUCCUGCACCUCCUCGCCCAAGAUGGGGACGCCAGGGUGCUGGGAGAACUGCUCGCUAACCCCGCUACGGACCCGAACGUCCAUGCCGAUAUGUUUAUGAUCCCCGCCGCAUUAUCACUGAACGACCUCUGCGACCCUUUUUACAGCGUCAUACCCUCACAGCACCACUACCACGGUCGCACGCCGCUCUCGUACGCCGCCGCCGGAGGGCACCUCGCAACAGUCGAGGUCCUCCUUAUCCAUCCCGACACGGAUGCCGAUCACGCCGAUUACAUCCAUCGCACGCCUCUCUCACUCGCCGUGUUUGAGGGCCACAUUCACAUUGUCUCGCUCCUCCUCGCGCGAGCUGAUGUCGCUGCCAAACGCCAUAACCGAUUCUAUGACAUACCGCUCAUGAUCGCCGCGUCCCAGGGGCAUACGGCGGUGGUGGAGAUGCUGCUGCGGCAGCGGCCCGACAUGCGCGCUGACGGAGAAAUCGGCCACAAUCUCACGGCGCUCUCGGCUGCAGCAGGGCGCGGUCACAUCGCGAUCGUCGAGCUGUUCCUCUCGCGCGGGCCCAUUGAUGCCCACAUGGUGAACUUGAUGGGGUACACGCCGCUGGCCUAUGCGGCGGAAUCUGGGCAUCUUCGUGUCGUAGAGAUGCUCCUUAAACGCACAGAAGUGAAUGCUAAUGGGAGGCCUGGCAUAUCCUCACUAUCGCUGGCGGUGCAACAUAGAUUCACUGAGGUAGCGAAAGUGCUCCUGCAGUGGGGUGAAGUGAAAGUCAAGAAUGAUGACUACUAUGGUAAGGCGACACUACGGAUAGCGGCGGAGAAUAACCACAUCGAGAUGAUGAAGAUGCUCUUGGAUCGGGACGAUGUGGAUGUGAACGCGCGGAGCAUGCUGGGAAUAUCAGCUCUAUCUGCUGCGGUAGAGGAAGGGAAUGUUGACGCAGUUACGCUGCUAUUAGGGCGCAGUGAUAUAAAUGCCAACGUGAAGGAUGACCGCGGUCGCACGCCACUAAUUCAUGCGGCGGAGAAUGGCGACACUGCGAUAAUGGGACUGCUCCUAGAGCGUGAUGAUGUGGAUGUGAGCAUUCAGGGCAUCACAGGAAUGUCAGCUCUAACUACUGCGGUAAAGGAAGGGCAUAUUGACGCAGUUACGCUGCUAUUAGGGCGCAGUGAUGUGAGCGCCAACGUGAAGGAUGACCGCGGUCGCACGCCACUGAUGCAUGCGGCGGAGAAUGACAAUACUGAGAUAAUGGGACUGCUAUUAGGGCGUGAUGAUGUGGAUGUGAACGUUCAGAGCAUCACAGGAAUGACAGCUCUAGCCGUUGCGGCACAGGAGGGGCAAGUUGGCGCAGUUUUGUUGUUGCUAGAGUGGAAUGGUGUAAAUGUCAACUCGCGGGAUGGCCGUGGAUACACGCCGCUGAUGGGCGCGGUAGAGCGGGACCAUAUUGAGGUGAUACGGAUGCUUAUAAUGUGCGACGACGUUGACGUGAACGCUCGUUGCGAUGAAGGAAUGUCUGCUCUAAGUAUUGCGGCAUGGAAGUGGCGUGUUGAUACGGUUCCGCUGUUGUUAGGGUGGAGUGGUGUAGACGUCAACUCGCGAGAUGACAAUGGAUACACGCCGCUGAUGGGCGCGGUAGAGGCGAACUGUGUUGAGAUAGUACGGAUGUUUAUGAUGUGCGACGACGUUGACUUGAGCGCUCGUUCCGAUGAGGGAGUGUCUGCUCUAGAUCUUGCGCAUGAUGAUGCGGUUACGCAGGCGUUAAAUCGGAAUGCUAUGGAAGUUAAUUAGGAAGAUUACAACGCCAGCCUCAUGCCAAUAAUUCAUGCCAAUGAUUCGUGCAGCGGCACAGGGAUAUGGUGAUUCCAUAUUGACAUUCAUAGAGUAUUCUCCGUUGGCGUCCUCUAUGCAAUCCAAAGACCAUCAUGCUGCGUCUAGUAUUCAAUUGAAUGUCACAUGAAGCGAACGAACGGUGGGAUAUGAUAUUAGACAGUGUCAAUGAUAGAAGUCAAUUUUUUGGGGAAUAAUGAAGUCGUCAAGGGCGCCUCACUACACGACCAAGGAGCAGAC